UGUUCCGCGGGACUCUUCUGCAACCUAACGGUACUGCGGAAGUACCGGUCCAGCGGUUGCUCCUAUGAGAGUGAAAAGAGCAGUCAUUUGACCAUUCAUUAGUCGCCCGAUGUUUACUUGUUACUGCAGCAGACGUGUUCAAAACACGUUCAUAUCGAGAGGACUGCGGAGGUUUGAACCUUCACUAGCACAAUGAUUGCCUCGUCCUCCGACGAAGAGGAUGGUGAAGAUAUCAUCGAUGGAGACGAGCACACACAGGAGCUUCUUAGCAUUUAUCAGCGAGGGGAGCAAUUAUCAGCAAACUCCACAGCUCCCACUUCUUCACCAAGUGUCAGUCCGUCAUUGCAUACUCCGAGCCCGACCCCUUCCGUUCUGUCAGAAGCCACAGUGUUAGAACAGCAAGAAGAUGACGAAAGAAGAGAGAGGCUACAGUUGUAUAUUUUCGUUCUGAGGUGCAUUGCAUAUCCAUUUAAUGCUCGACAACCAACGGACAUGGCUCGAAGGCACGCGAGAGUGAGCAAGCAAGAUCUGGUAAAAAUUAAGCAGAGAUUCGAGGAUUUCCUCAAAGGUGACACCAAAAUUGCUUCCGACGAGGCGUUCUACAACGCAGUCCGGGCCUAUUUUGAUAUAUUCAUUUGCAGUGAAAGAGUACAAAAGAUGGUCAUUAGUGGAGGUUGUUCGUCCAAUGAUUUUCGUGAGGUUUUCAAGGCAAUGAUCGAGAAGCGCGUUCGAAGUCUGCCUGAAAUCGACGGGAUCAGUAAGGAAACAGUGUUGAGUUCGUGGAUGGCGAAAAAUGAUGCUAUUUUUCGUGGAGAGGACGAUCCGAAAAAGGGUCCCAGAAUUGCAGCAUCUGCUGCUUCGGAACUGAUUUUAUCGAAAGAGCAGCUCUAUGAAAUGUUCCAGACCAUCUUAGGAGUGAAAAAAUACGAACACCAAAUAUUGUUCAAUGCUUGUCAGCUUGACAGUGCUGAUGAACAAGCAGCAUGUAUUCGUCGAGAACUGCAUGGAAAAUAUAAAGCAAUUGUGGACCAGAGAAAGCGUCUGCCUGGCUUUAUACACAAAAAUAUGGAAGCACUGUUUGUUGAAGAACAGCAAUCUGCUAUCAGUCAACUAAUGACUAAUUUGGAAAGUCAGCCGGUUACUAAAGGAUCCUCUGACUCAAAGUAUUCAAUACCAUUUAAUAGGAUCAAAGGACCCCAGAACACAAUUUCCAUGGUUGAGGCGCAAGAUGAUGUGGAUUCAAUACUGUCCAAGUCUGAUGUCAUGCUGAAUUUCACCAUUGAGGUCAUUGUUGUAGAAGCAAGGGGACUGAAGUCUCUUCCACCAAGAAUGAAAAUUGUUUACUGCACCAUGGAGGUGGAAGGUGGAGAUAAAUUUCAAACUGAUCAAGCUGAGGCUAGCAAGCCUGUCUGGGAAUCUCAAGGUGAUUUUACAACUUGCCACCCACGUCCGGUUGUUAAAGUCAAACUUUACGCAGAGAAUUCAGGACUCUUGGCACUUGACGAUAAAGAGCUGGGAAAGGUGAUAAUAAAACCGAUACCCGGAGGAUCAGAGCUGCCUGAGCUGUAUGAUGUUGUGACACCCAAAGGCUGGACUGGUGAUAAAGUUAAAUUAAAAAUUGCCGUCAAGAUGGAUAAACCUGUGAACCUAAAGAAAUGUGGAUUGAUUUAUGUUCAAGGGAAGAGUGUGUGGAAAAAGUGGAAAACACGCUUCUUUGCACUUGUGCAGGUGAGUAAUUAUACGUUUGCCAUGUGCAGUUACCGUGAGAAGCAGGCCGAGCCCACAGAAAUGAUGCAGCUGGAUGGUUAUACUGUGGAUUACUGUGAGGCUGUCAGUGAUGAAGAACACAAAGGUGGAAGGUUUUUCUUCAAAGCUGUGAAGGAAGGUGAUCAAGUGUUGUUUGCAACAGAAGAGGAACUCGAGAGACAGAUCUGGGUCAACAAACUGUACACUGCUACUGGCCAGUCACACAAGCCUGUUGCACCAAACCUGUCAGCCGUCAGUGUCCAGCCACAUGUUAAUAACACACUGUCAAGACUCCAAGGAGGUCAGUUGUUUGCCGAUGAAGAACACAAAGGUGGAAGGUUUUUCUUCAAAGCUGUGAAGGAGGGUGAUCAAGUCUUGUUUGCAACAGAAGAGGAACUCGAGAGACAGAUCUGGGUGAACAAACUGUACACUGCUACUGGCCAGUCACACAAGCCUGUUGCACCAAACCUGUCAGCCGUCAGUGUCCAGCCNUUGUUUGCAACAGAAGAGGAACUCGAGAGACAGAUCUGGGUGAACAAACUGUACACUGCUACUGGCCAGUCACACAAGCCUGUUGCACCAAACCUGUCAGCCGUCAGUGUCCAGCCGCAUGUUAAUAACACACUGACAAGACUUCAAGGAGACAUUAUUGAUUGCAUUUUUCAUUAUACCACUGUUAAUUACUACAGGCCAGAUGGCUUAGGAACCAUCACAGUUGAUGAGAAAACCUGGUUUGAGGAGAUCAAGAUACGACUCUGGAAUCUUCUUGCCUAUCAAAUCACUCGCUUCAGAUAUUCGUUUCCCUUUGGAAGACCUGAAGGUGCCCUGAAAGCAACAAUCGCUUUAUUUGAGAGGGUUAUGAUGAAAGAUAUAUCCACACCAGUCCCACCAGAGGAAUUCAGAAAAGAAAUGAGAAGUUGCCUCCAUCAGGCUGCUCUUGUCAAUUAUACACGGGUCUCAACUUUUGCAAAGAUUGAAGGUGAUUUUCAAAAUAUCCUGAAAUUAAUUGCAGCUGAUUUGAGUUUGCUUCAAAUCGAAGAACGAAGAUGCUUCGAGAUUAAGUACGAUUAUUAUAACUAUAAUAAUGUUGUUUGCUCUGUUUUAGUCAACCUCAAUCGCGGGAAAUUUCACGCUCACUUACGAGACGUAUUCGCUCCUCUUGUUAUUCGAUACAUUGAUCUGAUGGAAUCCUCGAUUGCACAGUCACUUCACAAGGGAUUUCAAAAAGAGAACUGGAGUCCCGUGAGGGAGGGGUGUCGUGCGUCAGAAGACCUUUUCUGGAAACUGACGGUGUUACAGCAGUUCAUAGCUGAACUAAACUGGCCUGAUGAGAUUUUAGCAUCACAUCUCAUGAAGAGACUCAAGUUAAUGGCUUCAGACAUGGUUCAGUCCUGUGUCAAAAGAACAAAAGCCUCGUUUGAAAGUUGGCUAAAACAAACUCGUUUUAGCCUGGAACUAGUCGUACCCAGGACUGUCUGCGUCAUGAUAAAUGUCGUCAUUCAGGCCAAGAAACAGUCCAGGUUUCUUUGUGCCAGGGAGGAGUCCGAUAAUUCCCAGUACCGCUACCACUCAGAUGUCAACAUCUUCCUUAAAGAUGUUAUCCAAGAGAUGUUUUCAUCGUUCAUCACUAAGCUCAACACAGUGUUGGACUCGCUAUUGGCUAAGGUGGCUCGUUAUGACCAAGGAUUCAUUCUAGCGCCGAUGUUUUCUCUCAGGUCUUUUAGAACAAAAGCCUCGUUUGAAAGUUGGCUAAAACAAACUCGUUUUAGCCUGGAACUAGUCGUACCCAGGACUGUCUGCGUCAUGAUAAAUGUCGUCAUUCAGGCCAAGAAACAGUCCAGGUUUCUUUGUGCCAGGGAGGAGUCCGAUAAUUCUCAGUACCGCUACCACUCAGAUGUCAACAUCUUCCUUAAAGAUGUUAUCCAAGAGAUGUUUUCAUCGUUCAUCACUAAGCUCAACACAGUGUUGGACUCGCUAUUGGCUAAGGUGGCUCGUUAUGACCAAGGAUUCAUUCUAGCGCCGAUGUUUGCUCUCAAGAAUCCUGGAACUGAGCUUGAAGAAUCGUACUUGAAAUUCGUCAAACUAAACUUGGAAAGAUUCAGAGCUCACCUCAAUGAUGAGAAAAUGAAGAAACAGCUGAUAAAGGACUGGUACACGUCCAUAAUAACGAAGAUAUGUGAUUGGCUAUCAGACAGAAUGAGCAUGGCGUUACACCAGUACCAAGUGCAGACUCUGCUCACGCUCGCAGCGGAGCUACCGCAGUUCGUUAGUGAAGACUUGUCGUCCAGCCGGGCAAUCUAUUGCCGAACCUACAACACUGUGUUCUCGCGGCUCCGAGUGGAGGAUGCUAUGCACAAGGGACAGAGUAUUUACGCCACGGAAGAUCAGACGUACCCUGGAGCUGACGGAGAGGACGAUGACGAGGAGACUGAGUCGAGUGACGAGGAAGCGUUUGUUAGAUUGGAGAAUGGAAACUAGAAUCGCUUGAUACGCGUGCGCAAUGGCCUAAAAUUGGCUUUAGGCGGGAAAUGCAAUGGUUGCUUUUGAUAAUUAUGCUUAUUAUACUUAAUAAAGCUAAUUUAUACUUAAAAUGCCUCUAGUUAAAAAUAAAUUAUCACUAGAAAUAAUAUAACUUAGAAUCAUAAAUUUAGAUUAUUGACCAAGAGAGCGUAACAGUAAGCAAGCAAGCGUAUUUUCCACUGCGAAUUAAAUUAUUUUUUGUAUAUUUAAGGAGAGCUGAAUAGCUAGAAGCUUUGAGCUGUCGAGAUAGUGAUUUAAAAAAACACGUUAGUGCAAUCAGAAAUCACUUUUCAUUUAAAAUAUACAACUUACGUUACAAACGUAAAUUUAGAAUAAAUAGGCAAAGUCAACAACAUCUGUAUUUUAUCAUAGAAUGUGUGCUUUAUUCUGCAUAGUAAUACAGUUUGAGUGCUACUUGCUCUCCGAUUGGCUUAAAACAAGUAAUAUUAGGGAGAAAACCAAUGGUGCUAUUUUAGGUUCAAGUUGUUAAGUUAUACAUGGUAAAAAUCAUAUAAAGAAGAGAAUUAACAUACUGUAAAGAGAUCUAAUAAGCAUUCUUGUUAUUUACGAACACUGAAGAAAUGUCAAAAACACUCGCCUUCGGCUCGACCUUUCUAAAUUUCUUUCGCGUUCUCAAAUGCUCGUAAUGUUUAAUAUAUUAUAUAUUGUUUUGGCUUCCUUACUUCUAAUUAAGAUUGUACUAAUGAAUAGUCGCUCUUAAUUUUGAAACACUAGAAAAGAAAAGAACCUUCACCGUGAAAAAGCUUUAUAAGUCUGUGUGUAGUUUCAAGGACAAGUUCUUAUAUAAAAAGAACUUGAAGGAACUAAGAAAACGUAGAGAUACGACUGUUUGUUUUUCCUCAGAGAAAAAAUCUUGAAGUUUGUAGCCUCGAUGUCAUAAGCAUCAACUUCUCAACAUAGUAUAUUUUCAUAGACCGUUUGCAUGAUAUCAUUAGUUUUUGCACUGACCAAAUAAUAAAAGAAAGUGCUGUUUUCUUUAUGAAUGUGCUUCGAGUCUCGUAUAAUCCUUUGUAAUGUGCUAUGUUAAGUCAAGUAAGAAAAAAAAACUAAUAAAGUUAAGUCCAGAAAGUAGA